AUGCUUUCUAAGAACCAUAGCGUACCAUCCCUCGCCAUAUUCACUUUCUCAUUUUUAUUACUCUCAUUCUCCGCCUUUGCUGCAGGUACAAUCGGAGUGAACUAUGGCCGGGUAGCCAACAACUUGCCCACACCAACGAAAGUGGUGGAGCUUCUAAAAUCACAGGGAAUCAACAGAGUCAAGCUCUACGACACAGACUCAGAUGUUUUAACAGCACUCGCCAACUCAGCCAUAAAUGUCGUUGUGGCUCUCCCUAACGAGCUCCUCUCGUCGACUGCUGCAGACCAAUCAUUUGCCGACGCCUGGUUAGGGAAUGGCCAGUCAACGCCGGUCAACAAGAGCAAGAGUCAGGUUCCGGUAGGGAGUGGCGGUGAUGUAUCGACGACAUCAUCGGUGGGACAGACCUGGUGUGUGGCAAAUGGGAAUGCUGGAGCUGAGAAACUCCAAGCUGGGCUUAAUUAUGCUUGUGGUGAGGGAGGGGCCGAUUGCCGUCCGAUUCAGGAAGGUGCCACGUGUUACAAUCCAAACACGGUUGAGGCGCACGCAUCGUAUGCUUUCAACAGUUAUUAUCAAAAGAAAGCUCGUGGUGCUGGCACGUGUGAUUUUGGGGGUGCGGCUUAUGUGGUCACUCAACAACCAAGAAUUGGCAAGUGCGAGUUCCCAAGUGGAGGAUCGUGA